AUGCGGCUCGGCAACGAAACGCGAAGCAUGUGUCCUCUACUACGGAUACCUGGCGAACUACGCAACCAGAUCUAUAAAUAUGUCCUAGUAACUGUCAUUGAUGAGGCAGCAUGUCGUCGCAUGUCGGAAUCACCGUACCGAGGCAACCCCAUUUAUCACAUUCCCGCGGAAUAUCACAUGGAUCAAGCACGGAAGAUGAGCCUGCUUCACGUAUGCCGUCAAACGCGUCAAGAAUACCGUUCGCUGUACCUUCGGUAUACUCCAUGCCUUUAUAUGGACCUAGUGCCUGCAUAUAUCGAAGCGUUUCAUCCUACAUCCACACCUUUCAGUGCGGAGAUCGAGCCUUUAGGGUGCAAGAUCUCCAUAGACAGCGACGUAGAGCUACAAUGCCUUGCGAAAUUACUCACAACCUUGUACGACCAUCCUCAGAUUGAUUUCAAGUUCCUGGAGUUCGUGGAAGGAGAUCCCACCAAGAUACUGCAACGCCUCUUCAAGGACAGAGCGCUCGCUUGGAAGACUGCACUCGGUGCGACUGUCAAGGAGAUUGUCUUCUCAGUCUACUCUACGUGGACAGGCGUGUUUAUGGGCUGGUCGUUAGACAUCUUUGUCGAUCUGAGUGUCGAAAGCCUGGCUGCGCAGCAGAAGUCCCGCUCACCUACACGACUCGACGAAACUCUCGCCGACAUGGGACUGGCACGCACUGAUCGAGAGGUUGACGACACGCGCGACCGACAUGACAUAUACAGACGUAACCUGGGUAGCCGCAUCAAUGUCAGAUCAUUCGAAGAGCUCGCCGAGUUUUUAGGGCAAAAAGGAGGAGCGAUUGACGGACUGCCCUGUAAACUCUCAGACUCUGUUUAG